GACGUUAGGUGGGGGUAGUGUGGCUGGAGUUAUCGUUCUUCAGUGACAUUCACCUAAGAAGAAUUAGUAUUUCGCAAUUCGUGCUCUGUAGGCAAGGAAGGAAGCAGAGGAGAAUGUUUUCUGCUGUUGCUAUUUGUAGGGUGUUUGGCAGGUUUUUUCGGGCGUCAAGGCAAGCGGGUGUAGUGGGUGCCAUCUCAACCCGGGGUUACCGUGGCAGUGCACCCCAGGACUCUGGGAGUGACCUCAUAGAGAUGCCCCUGCCCCCCUGGGAGGAGAAGACGGGUGAGCCUAUUGACGUCAAGCGAAGGCGGCUUCUGUACGAGAGCCGCAAAAGAGGCAUGCUGGAGAAUUGCAUCCUGCUCAGUCUAUUUGCCAAGCAGUACCUGAACACAAUGACAGAGGCCCAGCUGCAGCAGUAUGACAGGCUGAUCAACGAGCCCAGUAAUGACUGGGACAUCUACUACUGGGCCACAGAGGCCCGGCCCACUCCAGCUGUGUAUGAGGGUGAGGUGAUGGACCUACUGCGGGAAUUCACCAAGAAUCGAAACCAGGAGCAACGGCUAAGAGCCCCAGACCUGGAAUACCUGGACAUGGGGAACCACUGAGCAUCUGACCAUCUCAUUUUCACAGUGACUGCUACAUACAACCAACCACCUACCACCCCACUUCUACAGUGACCGCUACAUAGGAUCAACCACAUGACAACCUCACUUCUACAUUUACCACUACAAUGGAUAGGCCAUUUCAACCCCUCACUUCUGCAAUGACCGCUAUAUACCACUGAGUAAAUCACCCCCUUCUUCCACUUUGACUGUAAUGUACAGAAUAUAUAUGUAUAAACUUUCCCAGACUAUCCCAACUGUAUUUAUAUAACAGCCUUCUGAAAAUCAUUUACUUGUUUCAGUGAUAAACAAACCCUAUUAAUAUCACCAGUAGCUGCAGGGUAUCAAGGGCACUGGCUAAUAAAAGUCAAUAAAAAUGUGUCUAAUCGGUUAAACUGUUUUGCUGUGAACUAAACCAUUUGUAUAUGAAACGGAUUAUACCUUUGUGUGUAAAAAUGUGUGAAAAAUUGAAGAUUGGAAGGAAGUGGGUAGGGCUUCUUGAUUUAAAUCUUUGUGUUAUGUCCAAUUAGUUGCAUUCCCUGGAUAUCCCAGCUGCCCUUUAGUGUCCCCUAUGUCAUCCAUGCGUAAGGAUGUCAGCAGAGUGCUGUCUGUUUAGUGAACUAUGUUGCCAAGGGUUUGCACAGCAUAGAAACAAAUGUAAGGAGAAUUUGAACGAACCACAUGUUUACUGGAAUGGU